AUGUCUUCAAAACAAGUAAUCUUCGUUCUUGGCGGUCCUGGCUGCGGCAAAGGUACACAAGCUACACGUAUAGCCCAGAAGUAUGGAAUUGGAUAUGCUGCUGCAGGCGACAUUCUUAGAGAAGUUGCCAAGAAGACAGAUACUGAAAUUGGAAGAAAGGUUGCUGAAAUCAUUAACUCUGGUCAGUUAGUUCCACCAGAACUUAUCUGCCAAACAAUCAAGAACGUAAUUGAAUCAUCCGACAAGGAAUACUUCUUAAUGGAUGGAUUUCCACGUUCAAUCGAACAAGCUGAAGCAUUCGAGAAGGUUUUCCCACCAUGUACUGCAGUAGCUCUUCUUGAUGCACCAGAUGAAGUAUUAAUUGCCCGCUGCUCCGAAAGAGGCAAGACAUCUGGACGUGCUGACGACCGUGCAGAAUGCAUUCCAAACAGAAUCACUGUCUACAAGAAGCAAACACAACCAGUUUUAGAAAAAUACACAAAAGAAGGUAAGGUUUUCAUUGUUAAUUCUAACCAACCUAUCGAUGAUGUUACAGAGGAGUUCGUACAAAAACUCAGAAAAUACUGGAAAAUUUAA